AUGUCCAUAAUAUAUAGUGGACCUAUGUGACUCUCCUCAAGCCACACACCUCAAUCACAAUGGCCAAACUUUUCUUCUCAAACUCCUUUCUCUUAUCCCUCAUCUCCUUCCUCUUCAUCACCACCAUUACCACAGCAAAACCCCAUUCUUUCAUAAAAACCAUCUCCCCAACAACCCUAGGACUCCACAAACCUCAAAAACUAAGCCACAUCCGCUUCUACUUCCACGACAUCAUCGGCGGAAAAAACCAAACCGCUGUCCGGGUCGCCUCAUCUCCAACCACUGAAAAAUCCCCCACGGGUUUUGGUUCAGUGGUUAUGAUGGACGACCCGUUAACAGCCCGUCCGGAGUCAAAUUCCGAAGUUGUGGGAAGAGCACAAGGAAUCUAUGCUUCAGCUUCACAAAGUGAAGUUGGGUUUCUCAUGGUGCUUAACUUUGCUUUCACACAAGGGAAGUAUAAUGGAAGUAAUCUCAGUAUUUUGGGAAGGAAUACGAUCGAAUCCGCCGUGAGAGAGAUGCCGGUUGUGGGUGGUAGUGGGCUGUUCAGAUUUGCAAGGGGGUAUGCUCAGGCUUCUACUCAUUCUAUAAAUGCAUUAGAAGCUAUUGUGGAGUAUAAUGUUUAUGUCUUUCAUUAUUAAGAUUAAGAUGAGAUUCAUAAUCAAUUUUAGUUGUUAAUUUUUUAUGUAGUUUUGUAUCAUUCACGUGUUUUUUUUUAUUUUUUUUAUUCAUUGUUAUGGUAAGCCUUGUAACAAUGGGUCGACAAGAAAGUUAUUGGCAAGAAAUCAUAAGAAAUUAAUGAGUCCUUGACCCUA